AUGCGCUCCCGGCCCCGAAGCCCCACCGCUGACCCUGCACCCGGUCGGAGCGCGCAGCCUGCCAAGCGCCCCAGGUGCCACGCGCCGGACGACCUCGACUUGCCGGGACCACCCAGCAGCCCGCAGCAGCCCGCCGCAGCCCCGGACGCCGGCCCGCAGGUAUCUCUGCUGCUAGUGGCCGCGGGCUGGGCUCUGUCCCACGGGGACCUGGUGCUGGAGCCCCGGCCCGGCCGGCUGCUGAGAGUGUGCGUCCCGGGACACACCCUCCUCCUGGUCUCGCAGGAGACUCUGGCCGGCUGGGCCCACCUCCGCGCCGCUGCCCCGGAGGCCGGAGGGACGCUGGGGGCCCUGCAGCUCGGACCCUUCCCCGCCGCCGCCCUCCCGCUGCCGCUGGCCGCCGCCGCCGCCGUGGCCCCGACGCUGACCUUCCCGCAGCACCUCCGGCUCCAGCUCGUGCCGCUCGAGAGGGACCCUGCGGCGCGCUGGGGGGACGGCCUGCACCCCAGCCCGCAGCUCUCGCCUUGGGCCCCCACCCUGAGUCCUCACGGAAGCCCCGCGGGCCCCUGCUUCAGCCUGCGCCUGCACCUGCUCCAGGCCCGCCUCGACUCCGCCCUGCAGCCGCUGCCCGAGUCUCCCCGCGCAGGGACCCAGAAGCGCCCCAAGCCUCUUCCCGGGCGUCGUCACUGCAAAGCCCGCAGGCGCCUCUUCAGCCAGUGA